GACCAUGCCUAGCGAUGCCCUAGAUGACAUUGAGCUGCGCCACGUUCAGCUCUCCGUGGCUAAUGCUCGCACCCUGAGUGAGGAUGGGUCGGCCGGCAACAAGGAGACGGUGGAAACGCGACAUGGCCCCAUCACAGUGGCCAUCACCGGCGACACCUCCAAACCAGUUAUUUUGACCUACCAUGACCUUGGACUCAACCAUGUCACUAACUUCCAGGCAUUUUUCCUUUAUCCUGAGAUGAGGAACAUUGUCAAUAACUUCUGCAUUGUACACGUGAAUGCGCCCGGACAGGAGGAAGGAGCACCCACUUUGCCGGAAGGCUAUGUCUACCCAACGAUGGAGGAGCUGUCCGAGACAAUUACCUGUGUUAAAAGCCACUUCCACAUUCGAACUUUCAUUGGCUUCGGUGUGGGUCUUGGCGCUAAUGUCCUUGCUCGCUAUGCCACCAAAUAUCCUGCAGAUGUUGAUGCUUUGGUUCUCAUCAACUGCUCCUCAACCCAAGCCGGAUGGAUUGAAUGGGGUUACCAGAAGCUCAACAUCCGACACCUCCGUUCUGGAACGAUGACUACAGGCACCGUUGACUAUCUCCUUUGGCAUCAUUUUGGAAAGUUGGAGGAGUGCAACCAGGAUCUGGUGACCGUGUACAGGCAACACUUUGAGAAGGCUCUGAAUGCUACGAACCUUGGCCUGCUUGUUGACUCGUACAUUCGCCGGACUGACCUCAACAUUGUGCGAGAGCUGGACCCCAACAAGAAGAAGGAUGUGCGAAUGAUCAGGACACAAGUGUUGAACAUCACGGCCAACCACUCUCCCCAUGUGGACGAUACAGUCACCUUCAAUGGAAGACUCGACCCCACUUUGUCUACAUGGAUGAAGAUUCAAGACUGUGGACUGGUAAUUGACGAGGCCCCAGGGAAAGUGGUGGAAGCUUUCCGACUCUUCCUACAGGGUCAAGGCUAUGCGGUCCACAGUCGCGGCAUUGGAUCCAGACAGGCAUCCUUAAGCUCAGUUAAUGGCUCCACAACUAGUGUCAAGGAUAUUCGCAUCACGGAAAACCCCCUACAAAAUCCUACAGUUUGAACGACGCUUCGGUGAUUGCGAGUCACGAUCCAGGAGAAAGAUGUGGAACAGUGUGUGAUAUGGACCAUGGUGAUAUGUAAUUUUUUUAUCAUGUCUCUUUAUUUUUUGUUUUAGUGAGGAUGAUUACAGUAAGUUGGACGUCAUCUCGGUUGUGGUAGAGGGAGGGAGAGAGAAACGUAUUUUCUCUCAUCCUCCUCCUUUUUGAGAUGAAAGGGAGACCAAUGAAUUUUUUUUAAUAUGGAGAAAGUUUCAAUUUAUGAUAAGUAAUGUGAUUUUUUAUUGUUAAAAUUUUAAAGAUUUUAGACAAAAAUCUUUGGUUUUCUUUUUUUUUCUUAUGGUUUAUGACAAGGAAGACAAUGUUUUCCAAACAAUUCAUUUAAAUCUCAAAAGUAUUUAUAGGUAGGAAUGGAAUGAAAUAUUCUGUUGUUGGUAAUUAAUGUUUGCGUUAUGGGUUCUACAUCAGAAGAAGAACACUGUAGCCUUUGUCAUUGUCAGAGAGCACAGGAAGGUGCCACAAAUCUUUGGUCCUCUGAUUUUUUAAUGUUAUUUAGCUUUUUAUUGGCAUCCUGCAAGCUAAAUGAUGAAAUGACAGAAAAGAAUUUUGUUCAUACAAUAGAAUAUGUAAAUUUGUAUGUAUGUGCCCGUGUGUGUAUAUCUUAUAUGUGUAUGUAUGAUAUAUUAUAUAUAUAUAUACAAUGUAUACCAUAUGAUAUUAUAUAUAAACUGUAUAAGAGGCUCACACACGCAUAUAUACAGACCCCCAUAAGUAAAUGAAAUUAUUGGUAUUAUAUUUAUGCUGUUGGACUUUUUUCUUUCUAUGCUGAUAGUGUGUACUGUUUCCUGAUUUGAAUUAGCUGAGUCUUUACUGCUAAAGCCAUCAGUAAAGCCAAAGGAAGGACAGAGACAUAAUUUCUGUAGUCAUUAUAAGAGAAAAGUAGUCCCACCAUUGUAUACAGUAGACCAGGUAGCACAAAUUUUAAUAAUGCUACAUGCUUAGUGAUGCCAUUUCCUAUACUUUUUCCUUUCGUUCUCUCUCUUUUCUAAGACCAACACACUCCAUGAUUUUAAAGAUGAUCUUGCGUAGUUUUAUGAACUGGGUUUUAUUUUUUUAAUAUUUUGUUUCUUUUUAGAAGAAACCUAUUUUUCCCCUUAUAUUUCUUUUAACAGUAGACUGAAAGACACAUGUUUAAGAUUAUUGCAAGGUGAGUUAGGCACAGAGGACUGCACAUUUCAUCCAGUAAUGACAGAAUUUGUGAUGUGGAGGUAAUCUAGUCAAGUUUGAUUGAAGGCACUGCAGCCAGAACUGCCUUGUAUAGGGGAAAGCUUUGUAAAAGAAGACUUCAAUUUGAUUUUUCUCUCUCUCAAAAGGUUGACAAUAUGCUUGCUAUUAUGUAGACUUGAGACAGGUGAUUAUAUACAUACAUAUAUAUUUUAUUUUUCUUAUUCACUUAGUGUGUUAAAUCUGCGUGCCUCGUAAAAAAAGGGAAAAAAGACCAGCAGAUACUUUGACUAGUAGGAGCUUUUAUGGAAGAGGGAAAAUCCUGACUAAACAGAUUCUCCCAAAGAUUUUGUUGCUAUUCACAUCCAUUUUAAUGCUUUUGUAGUGAGCCCUGUGUCUCACCUUGGCUGGUGAUGCCUAGAAGAGGGAGGAUAUGGUGGGUGGAGUGAGUUGUAGGCAGGGGAUGGGGUAGACUUAGUAGAAAGGGUGCGGAAAGGAGGUUUCUUUUCUUCCUCUCUCUCUGUCUCUCUCUGUCCCCUUCUACCUCUCUUACUCUUUCCAGUUGCCAAUUCUUCAUCAUGAUAUGACAUGAUUUGAACUGCAUUGGUGUAUUACUGCAGCUUGUACAUAGUUGUUAUAAUAUAGUGUUGAAGCUUUCUUAUUAUGAUGAUGACUAUCAUUGUUUUUUCUCAGUCUUUUGAGAAAUGAUUAAGACAAUGGCACAUGUCACUUACUGAAAACUUGUUAAACUUCCUUUUUUUUAUAUAAGGAAAACAUUAAAGACUGGAACCAAAUUAAUCCAUUCCAUUCCAAGGGCAAUAUGUAUAAAUGAAAAAAAAUCCCUCGAUAAAGAAAGGAAAAAAGUGAGACCAAAAUGCUGUAACCACCAUAACUCCCUUUAUAUAUAAAAAUAGGUAGACCUGCACAUGUAUAUAUAUAUGCCAAAUGUGUAUAUACUUUUUGGUGCCCUGAGGUGUCUUCUCCUGUGGCUCAUGUAUGUUAACAGUUUCUUAUGGCGAAGGAAAUAGUUGCGUUACUGAAGGAUGUUAUUGUUAUAUAUAUUUUUUUUCAUUGUUAGUCUGUUCCUUAAAGCAUACAAUUGAAUGCGUUAUAUUAUUUUAGUACAUUAAAUUC